AUGGCAAUGGAAUCCAGCAUCUACGAUCACGGAUUACCUGUUCUUACUCACGAUCUCUACACUGUUAACUUCUACAACGAUUCGAUCUUAACUUGCGUUACUCAAACUCCAUCAAUCGUCGAAAACUGGAUCUCCAAAGUUGAAUCCAUUCAUCGACGGCGUCUCAACCGUCUAAUAAUCGGUCUCGACAUCGAAUGGCGUCCAACGUUCGGUCGUCGUCCUUAUUCACCUGUCGCAACUAUUCAACUCUGUAUCGGUCAUCAUUGUCUCAUUUUCCAACUCAUUCACGCUUCUUACAUCCCUGAUUCGCUAGUCGAGUUUUUGGAUAACCCUUACUAUACGUUCGUAGGGGUUGGGAUUAAGAAUGAUGUGAAGAAACUUGGAAAUGAUUAUCAGUUAGAUAUUGAACCGACGAUUGUAGAUCUAGCGAGAUUGGCUGCGGAUCGUUAUGAUUGUGAUUGUGAUUUUCUACAUGCAGGGUUGAAGAAGCUGGCGAGUAUGGUUUUAGAUUUGGAUGUUGAGAAGCCGAAGAGGAUUACAUUGAGUAGAUGGGAUGAUUUGUAUCUUUCUGAUGAACAGGUUCAAUAUGCUUGUAUUGAUGCUUUUCUUUCCUUUGAAAUUGGUAGGGUUUUGAAUGCUUUUGACUUUUGA